GCCUCCGCCUCCGCCGCCUGGGUCGAGGGGGUGGGGGACGGACGAGCCCUGAUGCCGGGGGAGACGGAAGAGCCGAGACCCCCGGAGCAGCAGGACCAGGAAGGGGGAGAGGCGGCGGCGGCCAAGGCGGCUCCGGAGGAGCCCCAACCUCGGCCCCCUGAGGCGGCGGCGGCGGCGGCGCCUGCGGGCACUACGAGCAGCCGCGUGCUGAGGGGCGGUCGGGACCGGGGCCGGGCCGCUGCGGCCGCCGCCGCCGCCGCCGCGGCCGCUGUGUCCCGCCGGAGGAAGGCCGAGUAUCCCCGCCGGCGGAGGAGCAGCCCCAGCGCCAGGCCUCUGGACGUCCCAGGGCAGCAGUCCCAGGCCGCGAAGCCCCCGUCUCCAGUUCAGGGCAAGAAGAGUCCGCGACUCCUAUGUGUAGAAAAAGUAACAACUGAUAAAGAUCCCAAGGAAGAGAAAGAGGAAGAAGACGAUUCUGCCCUCUCUCAGGAAGUUUCCGUUGCUGCAACCAGACCUGGCCGGGGCUGGCGCAGUAGUAGCAGGACAUCAGCCUCUCGCCAUCGUGACACAGAGAAUACUCGAAGCUCUAGGUCCAAGACUGGCUCAUUGCAGCUCAUCUGCAAGUCAGAACCAAAUACAGAUCAGCUUGAUUAUGAAGUUGCAGAAGAACAUCAAUCUCCAGGUGGCAUUAGUAGUGAUGAGGAAGAGGAGGAGGAAGAAGAGAUGUUAAUCAGUGAAGAGGAAAUACCAUUUAAAGAUGACCCAAGAGAUGAGACCUACAAACCCCACCUAGAAAGGGAAACCCCAAAGCCACGGAGAAAAUCAGGGAAGGUGAAAGAAGAGAAAGAGAAGAAGGAGAUUAAAGUGGAAGUAGAGGUAGAGGUGAAAGAAGAAGAGAAUGAAAUUAGGGAAGAUGAAGAACCUCCUAGGAAGAGAGGAAGAAGACGAAAAGAUGACAAAAGUCCACGUUUACCCAAAAGGAGGAAAAAACCUCCAAUCCAAUAUGUCCGUUGUGAGAUGGAAGGAUGUGGAACUGUUCUUGCUCACCCUCGUUAUUUGCAGCACCAUAUUAAAUACCAGCAUUUGCUGAAGAAGAAAUACGUAUGUCCCCAUCCCUCCUGUGGACGACUUUUCAGGCUCCAGAAGCAACUUCUGCGACAUGCCAAACAUCACACAGAUCAAAGAGAUUAUAUUUGCGAAUAUUGUGCUCGGGCCUUCAAGAGCUCCCACAACCUGGCAGUACACCGGAUGAUUCACACUGGCGAGAAGCCAUUACAAUGUGAGAUCUGUGGAUUUACUUGUCGACAAAAGGCAUCUCUUAAUUGGCACAUGAAGAAACAUGAUGCAGACUCCUUCUACCAGUUUUCUUGCAAUAUCUGUGGCAAAAAAUUUGAGAAGAAGGACAGCGUGGUGGCACACAAAGCAAAAAGCCACCCUGAGGUGCUGAUUGCGGAAGCUCUGGCUGCCAAUGCAGGCGCCCUCAUCACCAGCACAGAUAUCUUGGGCACUAACCCAGAGUCCCUGACACAACCUGCAGAUGGUCAGGGUCUUCCUCUUCUUCCUGAGCCUUUGGGAAACUCAACCUCUGGAGAGUGCCUGCUACUAGAAGCUGAAGGGAUGUCAAAAUCGUAUUGCAGUGGGACAGAACGGGUGAGCCUGAUGGCUGAUGGGAAGAUCUUUGUGGGAAGCGGCAGCAGUGGGGGCACUGAAGGGCUGGUCAUGAACUCGGAUAUACUCGGUGCUACCACAGAGGUUCUGAUUGAAGAUUCAGACUCUACUGGACCUUAGUGGGAAAGAAGACUUUGGGCACUGGAACAGCUCAGACUUUGUAUUUAAAAGAUAAAAGGACAAAAAAAUUUUAAAGCAUUUAAGAUCUAGUAAAAUAACUGAAGGGCCUGCUUUUUCCAUUGUGGAUCACAGCACACAUAGACCCCAUCCCUUGUCCCUCCCUCUGUUGCCCCCUUACAAAAAUUGAUGUUGCCUUUACCAAGAAGGUAGACAAAAAUGAAGCAGCAGCAACUCUUAAAGUGAGGGGUAUCCUCAUACUCAGUUCCGGCCAGUGGCAGACUUCCUGCUCAUGGGCAUAUUCCCUUUUCCAACCUAUAACUCUGAUGUGCUCUGGAUCAGCUUUUGACUCCUAAUAGUGUAUUACUAUCUUCUAAAUCCCUUCUCCUCUAUUGCUGCCCUAUGGUUCUGGCUUCUACCCACUGCAGCACACUUAUCCUCAAAUAUUAAUUCUAAUCUCUGGAGGCUGGCAGCUUGACUUGGCACUUUAGGACCCCUUAGUAGGGUGAGCUGUUAAAACAGCACACAUCUCACCCUUUCUUCCUCCAUUCCCCACUGGGUUUUGGAAAGGAAGGAUACAUGGGGACCAUCUCCCUUCUCUUUGAUCCCAGCACCUCAGUCCCCCUCUCGAACCUCCAUAUAGCUCUUAAUGGUGCUCACUUGCUUGGAAGCAGGCUCCCAAGAGGGAGGGGGCUGCCCUCUACACAGUCCCUUUGACUAAGACAGGGCUCUCUAUCAGUGAGACAGUGAGAAAAGUCCCAGGCUAAUGGCAGAAAUUUGCACUUUGAACAUGUGUGUUUUUGUGUUGUGGAACCUGAGAUUCCUUAUUUAUUAACGGAAAGUCUGAUUUUUUGGGGGUGGGGAGGGUCUUUGUUGCUAUAUUUUGUGGGGCUGGGAGAGAUUAGAUUAUUUUGAAAUGGGAUCCUUUCCACAGGAGGUACUCUGAAGGCAAGGCAUAGGGUGGAAGAAGCACAGCCAGCCUCUAAAAUCAUAGCUCUCCAGUGGCCUUUAAAGAAAGCUGGUCCUCAGCACUAACAAAAUCACUACAAUAGCCUACUGUUUUUUUGUCAGCCUUCUUAGGGGAAGGAUAAUAGGUUUAUGGUAACUAGUGUGCUCUUUGACAUUUGUAGAGCGUUGAGAUUUAGGAAUUUUGAGGGGAUGUCAGAGGGUUCAGGGUCUGAAUUACAGAUAAAAGAUUUCUCUUGUAAAUUCUUUUUUGUUCCCAUUGUUUCUUUACAUAUACCUUCCUAUUGGCUCAACUCUGGCCCCUUGGCUUCCUUUUUGUUUUUUGCUUUGCUUUAUCAUUGGUUCAUUCCAGCUCCUUAUUAGUUAAGAAUACUGCCAUUAGUGAAGGAACAAAGUCUAUGAGUCCCUGAAGCUUUAAGUCAAAGAAAACUGCUGUUUCCCUUUUAGUAACGCUUCAGAAGAGGAGAAACUUCAAUGGACAAGCUAAUCUUUAUAAUAAAGGCUUUGACUUUCACUUGAAAUUCUGGGAAUUACCACUUCCCUUGAUAUAGGAAUUUUCAUGGGGGUGUAGAAGUUCAUAACUCCCGGAAGACUAAAAACCUAUUUGGGCUCAUUUUUAGAGAAUGAGAGGAUGAUUCCUAUCCUCCUAUGUACCUCAGAAGUUGGAAUUGAAGACUUGCCCUAUUCAUUGUUUAUUGUCACAAGUGUAUGAUGGCUGUUGGAAAGAAUGAAGGUUUGCUGAGAACAAAAUAAGGAACAUCUUGUUUUUCACAAACACUAAAACUACGAAAUUUAUCAGUUUUCUCUUUGAUUUAUUUUUUCCCGGAAAGAAGGAUAAUAAAAUGUCAUCUCUGAAAGAGACUUACUGUACAACCCACUGUGUCAGUGGUUGGGAUGCCAGGGAACAGGGAGUGAGACACCUACAGUGAACAGUCUUAAAUGCACUAUUGUUUCUUAGAAUGACCCUUCAAUGUGGGGGUAGAAAAUAAAAUAAGGGUAGAAGGGAUGUAGAAUAUGCUCUCCUGCCCACAGUAAGAAUUCAGAGUUGACUUUGAUUUAAAAAUAUUUUAAGAUUGGAUGGAUCUACAGCAAAGUUGUUCCACUCGCAAAUAAGUCCAUUUUGUACUAGCUAUCAUCUAUGUUCCACACUUAGCGUUGUCUUUGUUACAUGUAAACUUUGUCUCCAUAAGUUUUCAUUUGCAGUGGUUAGUCAUCAGAUAGCCACCUACACAAAAGCAAACUACAGUUUUUUUAUCUUCUCUGAGAUGGGGGAAAAUACAUUGUUCUCCUUUCCUAUACUACAAAAAGCAACUAAAUAGUCCUAAUAAUUAGGAAUUUCCUAUUCUCUGCUCUUUUUUUCUUUUUCAGAACUAUCAUUGCCUACAGUAAAUUAUUGUAGCAUUUUGCAGUAGAUUUUAAAAUGUUUUUCAUGAACUUUUUAUUUUCCUUUUGAGAAAGGGGUGCUAGCAUAGGUAAAGAGUUUGUGUAAGUAAACUAAAGCCUUCUUCCCA